AGUACGUCUACAGUCUGUUUUCGUUCGACACUCGACAAAUACUCACUUAUCGUGGUCGUGGUUCAUUCGAAAUUUGCGCGUUCCAUCUAUCAGUCACGUCCGAACAGCUCGCAUGUUUAUUGCAACUUGCCGGUCACAUUGUAGCGUUGAUUAAUUUAAUAGAGUCAAUAACAACACUGCCCUUCGGUGACAGACAAAGUAGAAUCAGUUAUGUCGUACACGAGAAAAGUGACCUACAUUAAGAGUUCGGGAUGCACCUCAGGCGUGCAGCGGACUGUUACCGUUACGCAGCAAUCCUGCAAUGGUUCCGAAUGGGUCCAAGUCCCUCAGCAGCCGCAACCAACAACGGUGGUAUAUCGAACUGUCCAGCCGAUAACGACGACGCCGGAAGUUAGUCACAGCAGAAGUGGUGGCAGUGCCUCGCCCUUCGAUGCUGCCGUUUUGGAAGAACACAAUCGAUUACGUGCGAAGCAUUCGGCUGCACCACUAACGCUUGAUCCGGCCAUAAGCCAGUACGCGCAGCAAUGGGCCAAUAAUAUUGCCAGCCGUAAUGUGAUGCAACAUCGAUCUAACAACAGCUAUGGCGAAAACCUUUACGCAAGCUUCGGAAGGACGAAUAUCACUGGCGAAGAGGUGGUCCACAGUUGGUAUAACGAAAUCAAGGACUAUCGCUUUGGGCAGCCCAAUCCGGGCAAUUUUGGUCAAGUGGGACACUUCACCCAAGUGGUGUGGAAGAACUCGAAACGGUUGGGAGUCGGUAUUGCUAAAACUGGAAACAAUGUCUAUGUAGUCUGCAAUUAUGAUCCACCAGGGAACUAUGGAGGACAGUAUGCUGCCAAUGUUACUCGAUCUUAGAUGUACAUGUUAAGUGUUUUUUUAAAAUAAGUAUUUUUAUUUAUAUUGGAUUGUAUGUCACGUUUUAUAUUCAUUUAUCAUAGUGGAACUGUUCUUUUUCCCAUCUCAUCGCAAAACAAAGAAGUACAACACCAA